AUGGCACUGCGCCGCUCAACGCGUAUUCAGACAACCGCUGUCGCAGAGCCUAUUGGUAAAAUACAAACCAGCAAGACAUCAUCAAAAAGCGCCCCACGGGUACCGAAGAAGCGCGACAAAGUCAACGGAAGCAAGCAAAACUCAUCGAUUGACGACAGCAACGACAUCCUGCCUCCAGUAACCCCGAACAACAAAAGACGAAAACUCACCGAUGAAAGCGCCAACAACACGCCGCUGCCGUUUACUCCUACGCCGGCAGCUAUAGGUCUUAUGCUGGGCAAGACCGGCGCGAAGAAACGCAAAGUCACAGCCGCCAACGAGGACCCCUCCCACGCGCCUCUCCUCACGCCGAACGGAACGAUCCUCGAACCCACCACCAUCACCCAAGACCACAUCCUCGACAACAUCCCGUCCCAAUCCAAACCCUCCUCCUCCUCCUCCUCGCCCGACACCCUCCUCGACACCGCCUGCGCCCACCUCAUCUCCGUAGAUCCCAACCUCGCCCCUCUCAUCGCCGCCCACAAAUGCACCAUCUUCAGCGCCGCCGAACUCCACCGGCCCAUCGACCCCUUCCGCAGCCUAGCCAGCGGGAUCAUCUCGCAACAGAUCUCCGGGAAAGCCGCCGCCAGCAUCCAAGCCCGCUUCAUCGCGCUCUUUCCCCCCUCCGCCCUGACCGUCCCUCCCACCUCCUCCAGCGACAGCGACGAGGACCCCUCCUUCUCCUCCUUCCCCACCCCCGCCGCCGUCGCCGCCAUGCCCCUCGCCACCCUCCGCACCGCGGGCCUCUCCCAGCGCAAAGCAGAAUACCUCGCCGGACUCGCGCAGCAAUUCGCCGACGGCGACCUCUCCGCCUCUAUGCUCCUGAGCUCCCCCGACGAGGCCGUCGUGGAGAGACUCGUCGCCGUCCGCGGCCUGGGGAAAUGGUCGGUCGAGAUGUUCCUGUGCUUCGCGCUCAAACGCAUGGACGUCUUCUCCCUCGGCGACCUGGGCGUGCAGCGGGGCGUCGCGGCCUACGUCGGCCGGGACGUCAAGAGGUUGCGCAAGCGGGGCGAUGAGGGCGGUGGAAAGGGCAAGGGCAAGUGGAAAUAUAUCUCCGAGGAAGAGAUGAGGGAGGUGGGCGAGAGGUUCAGACCUUAUCGGAGUUUGUUCAUGUGGUAUAUGUGGCGGUACGCCGACACCGACGUCGCCGCCCUCCAAGAUCCCUGA